GAUGAAGAUGAUGAUGAUGAUGAAUCGGAUGAUGAUGAUAAUGAUGAUGAUUCGUAUGAUGAUGAUGAUUCUGAUGCUUCGGAUGAUGAUUCGGGUGAUAAUGAUGAUGAUGGUGAUGUUGUUGAUGACGAUGGUGACGACGAUGACGAUUAUGAUUCGGAUGAAGAUGAUUCGGAUGAUGUUGAUGACGAUGAUGAUGAUAAUGGUGUUGAUGAUUCGGAUGCUGAUGUUGAUGUUGAAUUUUCGGAUGUAAAUGCUGCUGCUGCUGAUGAUGAUGAUGAUUCUGAUGAUGAUGAUGAUGAUGGUGAUGCGGAUAAUGAUCAUGAUUCGGGUGAUGAUGUGGAUAAGUGGGAUGAUGACUCGGAUAAUGUUCAUGAUAGUGAUGAUGGUGUCGAUGAUUCGGAUGUUGAUGAUGAUUCGAAAGAUAAUAAUGAUGAUGACGACGAAAGUGACGAUGAUGAUGAUGAUGAUGAUGAUGAUGAUGAUGAUGAUGAUGAUGAUGAUGAUGAU